GGAAACGUGUCGUAUAUAUGAAACUCCCUCUCUCCCUUCGCUGCACACUGCGGCGGCCCACGAGUGUGAGGCAUGAAAUCCAAGAUGGAAACCUUGGCAGCACUGUGCACUCUUCUACCACUCUUACUUUUUGUUCAUGGAGACCUUGUGGAACAAUUUGAGGAUGUGCCUGAAUGCUUGAAGUAUUUCUACAAAAGCAAAGUGCCAAGAUGGGGGUCUUCAAAAUCUGGCACUGCUCAUCUCUGUCAGCGAUUUGCUAACCGGUAUCACUUUGCCACUUUGUACGACACACACCACCGGAUUGCAGUUUACUCUGCAUACGUGUUCGAGCCCAGCAACGGAGGGGGACGGGAGAGAAGGUGGUUUGUAGAGCCUCAGCUGGUAAAUAAAUCGUGGCAAGCAGAGAUGAAGGAUGGUUACUGGCUGGGGAAAGAUUACCCUGGGAUCUACCUGGGGGAGAAACAGGCUCUCAAUGAGGACUACACACACUCGGGCUUUGACCGAGGUCACCUCAACCCCAACGGACACCAUGCAGUUCCUGGCCGCAAUGCCACAUUCACCCUCACCAACGUGGUUCCGCAGAACCCCAAAAUGAAUCAGGACGCAUGGAGAAUCCACGAGUCUCAACUUAACGAUCUUUUCCGCAAAAAGUGUUCCAAGGCUUACGUUUUGGUGGGUGCGGUACCUUCUGCGGAUAACUGGAUUGUGAAGAACAAUGUGAGGCGUGUCAACAUCCCAGACUACGUGUGGAAUGCAUACUGCUGCGUGGACAACGAUGAGAGGCCCAUUCAAGCGGGCGCCGCUGCAGCAAGAAACACAGAGGACAACUGGGUGGAGAAAUUCUCCUUGGAUGAAUUCGGCGAGUUCUUGCAGCAGUUCUCAAAUCAACCAGUAGGGGAGCUUUUUCACAAUAGCUGCAGCAUUUGA